AUCUAUGGUCUGUGGUAAUACACUGACAUAUGACGUGCAAGAUGAACCUAAUCAGUCCAAUCACAAUUUAACUCAGCAUCCUUUUAACCGAAUGGUUUGUUUUUAUUUCCUGAAAAUGUAUCAUUAGAGAUUUUAUUUUUAUGAAAUUUAAAAUCUAAUCGAAUAUAUACAAUGGUUUCCUCGAAAUUAUCGUUUUUCGUUUUAUUUAUAUUACUAUUCGCAUUCUGUAGUCCACAUCAACACUCUCAUGACGGUCAUAACCAUCACCAUAACUCAGAAGAAUUGCCCUCAUUCAGAUAUUCACGAGCUGCGAACGAAAAAUAUUUUGAAGAACAUCAUGAGUAUCACUCUUCACAUUAUAGGAAAUCAGAAAGUGCUCUUGAGCUGAAAGACCUUUGGUUACAUGCUAUGGGAUCGACAUUGUUAAUAAGUGCAGCCCCCUUUUUAAUUUUGUUUUUAGUGCCACUGAAUGACACAGAAAAACAGCAGCCACUUUUGAAAGUGUUGCUUGCAUUUGCUGCUGGUGGAUUAUUAGGAGAUGCAUUUUUACAUCUAAUUCCACAUGCAACUGGCAACCAUGUUCAUGAGCACCAUUCCCAUACUCAUAAAUCCCACGAAAAUGAUGAACAUGUCCAUGUUCAUGAUUUGUCUGUAGGAUUAUGGGUUCUUUCUGGAAUUGUUACCUUCUUAAUCAUUGAAAAAUUCAUGAGGAUUCUUAAAGGAGGUCAUGGUCAUUCACACUCAAAGCAAACAGAUGUAAAUAAGAUCAAGAAAAAAAAGGAAGGCGGUAAGACAGAAAAUGAAUCGGUAACUGAACCUCUGAUAACAAAUUGUGAUUCAAAACAAGAAAAAGAUAUCAAAGUUGCUGGAUAUUUAAAUUUAGCUGCUGAUUUUAGCCACAACUUUACUGAUGGACUAGCCAUUGGCUCAUCUUAUUUAGCAGGAAAUACUAUUGGGAUUGUAACAACUAUAACAAUUUUACUACAUGAAGUACCGCAUGAAAUAGGAGAUUUUGCUAUCUUGCUUCAAUCUGGCGUGUCUAGAAGAAAUGCUUUGUUAUUACAAUUGGUAACUGCUCUUGGAGCUCUCUGUGGCACAGCUAUAUCAUUGUUAGCCCAGAAUAGUGAAGGAGCAAUGGCAGCAUCUUGGAUUUUACCCUUCACUGCUGGGGGUUUCAUUUAUAUUGCUCUUGUAUCUGUGAUUCCUGAACUAUUAGAUGAAGAAAAACCUAGUUUUACACAGACUAUUUUCCAAGUAAUUGCAUUAUUAUCAGGUAUAGGAUUGAUGGUGAUUAUAUCUGUUUUCGAAUGAACAUAUGUUCCAAAAAUUUUACAUGCGACAUUAAAUAAUGAAAAAAAAAUUGUUGUCUUCAUUACAUAUUUUUAUAUUCCUUUAAUUUAGUAAUUCACUGAAUAUCAGUUGCAGUGUUCAAUUUUUGGAUAAAAGUAAUAUAUAUAUAUAAGGUAAUUAAAUUGAUAUAUCACAUUCUUAUAAGUAGAAGUAUUUAAUUGAAUUAAAUAAUAUGUAAAAUCUAUAUUAAAUUUUUAUUUGUUUUCCAA